AUGACAGAGUGGACACUGCUGAAGCGGCUCCUCGAUGCCGUGCAUCAGCAUUCGACUCUGAUUGGCCGGAUUUGGCUGACGGUGAUGGCAAUUUUUCGGUUGCUGGUGGUUGCCGUGGCGGCAGAAGACCUGUAUGCUGAUGAACGUACUAUGUUUGUGUGUGACACACUGCAGCCAGGUUGUGCCAAUGUGUGCUACGAUGCCUUCGCACCCAUCUCUCAGCCUCGUUUCUGGGUCUUUCAUAUUAUCGCUGUGUCCACGCCGUCUCUCUUCUUCAUUCUUUACACCUGGCACAACCUUUCUAAGAUGGCACCUGGGCAAAACAUAGAGGACUGUGUACGGAACUGUAAUUCUGAAAGCUGCUCCAUCACGUCUCGUUAUCACCCGAGAGACAAGGUGGCUGAUGUUCUGGAAAAAAGUGCAUGUGUUUCCCCAAAUCGUGGAACUCUUGUCCAAAAACAUAUCUCUCUAACAAGAGGUUCCUCAGGAGUUCUAUCCAAAGCCUACGUGCUCCAUGUGUGUUUUCGUGCUGCAUUAGAGCUGGCAUUCCUUUCCCUUCAGUGGCUGCUGUUCGGGUUCUGCGUCCCGGUUCGUUUCACGUGUGCUGUCCCUCCAUGUCCUCAGCGAGUGGACUGCUACGUGUCGCGUCCCACAGAGAAGAGCAUCUUCCUCAUCUUCAUGUUCUCUGUGGGUGUGUUCUGCAUCUUGCUAAACUUCCUGGAGCUCAAUCACCUCGGCUGGAAGAAGAUCAGAAGGUCAAUGCAGGUAAAGGAAGGAUGGAGGAGCAACACUUAUGGAGCAAUAAAUGAGAACGGACGCUCUGGGACUAGCAGUACGACGUCUCUUCCUACACUGGAGCUGCUGGUGGAGAAUCAACCCAAGUGGACCUGCGCAGGAAAUGAGUGCUGCUCACCAUUAAAACAGGAGAAUAAAAAGUCACUGCAGAAAGAGAGAGACGAUGCAACACAAGUGCUGAGAGAUAAAACACAAUCACAUAAAGCAAGGGCAUCCAAACGAAGUGCUGAAGUCUGGAUAUAA